AUGGAACCAGACGAAAGGCUAUCACGUGCUCUCUGCAUAAUCAGCAAAACUUUCAAAACUUUCGAUGACCUCGAAGAGCUUGACGACAUCUUUUCUGACUUGCGCUCAUUACAAAUAGCGAUGCAUUCCCUCAACCAAACAAAUAGAAUGACCUUAUUGCGCAACUUUUCAGUCAAAAAGCUAGAUGCUGGAAAACGUCUUUUCAAAAAAGGAGACCCAAGUGCCUGCAUUUACGUAAUCCUCAAAGGUGCCCUUCAAAUGUAUAAUCAUGAGUCUCCUGAUUGUUCUGAUAUGACACUUGUAAAUUUUCAAACAAAAGGAGCUUUAAUAGGUGAACGUGGAAUUUUAAAAAAUUUCCCCAGAAGCCUUACAGCAAUAGCCGCUGAGGAAACCUAUGUGCUAGUGCUAGAGGCUAAAUUAUUUAAACUGUUUUUAGGAAAAGAAGUUCAUGCAGAAAUAGAAACUAAAAAGAAAAUAAUUGACCAGUUUAUUAUUGGGAUUUCACAAUACCCUCCUUCUCAAAAAGAAAGGCUGGCUUAUUUGAUUGACUUUGACAUGCAUAGGAGAGGAGAUAUUAUGAUAAAGCAAGGAUCAGUUACAGACUGUAUGAUGAUAAUAACUGAAGGGUCCUGCAAAUUAUUUCAGCAGCUAGGCCCUUAUAAGAAAACUGUUUCACAGCUAGAAAAAGGGUCAAUUAUAGGUGAUGAAACAGCCUUGUUUAAUAGACCCUCAUCUUUUGCAGCGGUUGCUAUGAGCGAUGUAGUAAAAGUAGCGAAAAUCCGUAACGACGAUAUCAAAAGCCUUUAUCCUCCCAGCGUAGUCCAGUCUCUAAGGGACUCAUAUAACAUACGAAACACAGCUAGACACAAAAUCACUGAUUUUUCUCACCCAUGCUUAAAACUCAAGCUAGACGUCCAAAACCCUGAAGAAGAUUUUCCAUUAGCUAGCUUAACGGCCAGAGAAAAAAUCAACCGAAUUAAGCUCCGAACUCCUAGUCUUAAAAGCCCAACUUUUUCCAAUGAAAGCGCCAGGAGUGUCUUCAAGUACAAACUGCAAGAAUUACGAGAAAUUCCUACUCUAAAACUAAGCAGACUUAUAGUAAGAGACAAACCGAGAUCUAACACGAGUCGAUUCUAA